CGCGGAUGACAGGCGGGCUGUAGGGAGACGUGUGCGAGCGGGAGCGGCCCGUUGCCCGCAGGCUCCCCGCCUCGGCCGGGGGCGAUGUCGUUAUGCGGCGGCUCCGGCCCCGCGGCUGCCCCUCGGCUGCGGCCCCGCGCCGCCCAGAUGGCGCGGCGGCCCGAGCUGCUGUGCGGCGCAGCCAUCGUGCUGGGCUGCGCCUUCCUCGUCGCCCUCAAAGUCACCUGCAGCCGAGCAAAAGAUGUAACAAUGCCAGCGAAGCUUCCAGUGAAUUUCUUCUCCACAAGAUCUCCAGUCAUUGAUCUUUUUCGGGGACAAUUAGACUAUGCAGAUCACCUUCGACAGGACUCAGAAGUUGUGCUGUAUUUCUUCUAUGCGCCAUGGUGUGGCCAGUCUAUUGCAGCAAGAGAAGAAAUAGAACAUGUGGCCAGCAGAUUGUCAGACCAGGUGCUGUUUGUGGCUGUAAAUUGCUGGUGGAACCAGGGGAAAUGCAGAAAGCAAAAGCAUUUCUUUUAUUUUCCUGUGAUACACUUAUACCAUCGGAGUUUUGGACCAAUUGAAUACAAAGGCCCUAUGAGUGCUGUUUAUAUUGAAAAGUUUGUUCGCCGGGUGAUGACACCACUACUCUACAUCUCGUCUCGAUCAAAAUUACUAGAUUUCCUCUCAAAUUAUGAGCCUGGAGUUCUAGGAUAUUUUGAAUUCAAUGCUUCACCUCAACCGCCUGGUUAUUUAACAUUCUUCACGUCAGCAUUGCAUUCAUUAAAGAAAGAUUACCUUGGAACAAUACGCUUUGGAGUGAUCACAGAUAAACAUGUUGCAGAGGAGAUCUCGCUGGUGCGUUCAGGCAGUGUGUAUUUGCACAGACAUGUCAACGCAUCUCUUAUCUAUCCAAGUGACAUCAUGAACUAUACUGCUGAGAACAUUUGCAAGUGGGCUGUAGAAAAUAGAGAGAUGCUUAUACGCUGGCUGAGACCACAUGGUGGAAAAAGCCUUCUUCUAAACAAUGAGCUGAAGAAAGGACCAGCACUUCUCAUAUUUAUACCUUACAACCCCCUAGCAGAAAUUCAUCCUCUUUUAGACGAAAUUACCAAAGUGGCCUUGGAAUACCACAACUGUAAUAAAAGCCAGGCAGCUGAGCCAGACCCUCAACACUUAGAAGACACUGAUUCACCAGCUUUUGAUUCCUCUGUACCAGAUGCACAUUUGGAAUUAUCAGAAACAUUUUCAAUAACCAAGUACCCAUGCUGUAACACAGUGGUGCUUCCACAGUGGCAUUCAAUAUCUAGAACUCACAAUGUUUGUGAGCUUUGCAUUAACCAGACACUUGGUGUUAAACCAAAUAAAGUCCAUGUGCCACACUGUAAUUUUUUAGAGAUAGAAGCAGCUUUGGACUCUUUCUACCUCCAGGAACAUACCUUUUUUCAAGUUAUAUCAAAUACCAUAGAAUGCAGCAAUUUCUUAAGUUUCUACAGUCCCUUUAGCUAUUACACUGCAUGUUGCAGGACGGUAAACAGGCAUUUUUUAAGUUUCAUUAGUUCUGAGAAGACCAUCUUUCAGACCCCCAAAGUAGCGUUUUCUUCCCAUGGGAAGAAAGAUAACACCCAGCAUUCUAUUCCUCACAUUGAGGAUAGGAAUUGUUUUAUUCCUGACCUUCAUAUUAGUGGCACUAACAUCACUGGUCUGAGCUGCAGGACCAACAAAACCUUGAAUCUUUAUCUGCUGGAUUCAAAUCUUUUUUGGAUAUAUGCAGAGAGACUAGGAGCUUCAAGAUCUACUCAUCUUAAGGAAUUUGCCGCCAUUGUUGACCUAAAAGAAGAAGUGCACUAUGUCCUGGAUCAAAAUCAGUCACUUGUUGGAUCUACCCUAGAGAACUUCAUAAAAAAUUUCAGUAUUCUCUACAGUCCUUUGAAAAGGCAUCUUGUUGAUGACUCUUCAGUCCAUUUUCCUGAACAGCGUGUAAUCACUGAAGUGACUACUAAUACCUUUCACGAUACAGUGUUUUCGAGUGGAAAGAAUGUCUUGCUGCUCUAUUAUGCACAGUGGUGUGGAUUCUGUGCAUCUCUUAAUCAUAUCUUUAUUCAACUUGCUCGGCUUUUGCCUCCAGAUAAUUUCACUGUGGCAAGAAUUGAUAUCACUCGGAAUGACCUUCCAUGGGAAUUUAUGACAGACCGUCUCCCAACCAUUUUAUUUUUUCCUCAGCAGAGGAAGGAACAAAGUGUGAAGUUCCCUGAAGACUUUUCAGUUAACCUUCCCAAUCUCCUUAAAUUUAUUUUACAUCACUCAAGUUUUUCUUUAUCAGAGCCCUGUACCAAAGAAUGCCUACAUAAGGAGACAGUUCUACAGCAAGGACACAUCUCCCACUUAGAGAGAGAAAUUCAGAAGUUAAGAUCAGAAAUUAGUGCCCUUCAUCAGGCCCAUGAGCAGCUUGAAACACAGCUUUCUGAAGCUAGGAGAGAGGAACACAGACUACAGCAGCAAAAACACACACUGGAAAAGCAGCACAAGACUCUGCAGCUCCACAGUAAGCAGUUACAGGCCACAUACAACCAGAAGAAUCAAGAGUUAUUAGAAAUGGCUGAAAAGCUUCAAGAAUUGGCUGAUGCAUCAGAAAAUCUCCUUAAAGAAAACACUUUACUGAGAAUCCUGGUGGCAGCAAGGGAAGGAAAGCUACAAAACAAAGAUGAAAUUAAAGAACCACUUCAGACAGAGCAAACGCUUUCUGAAGCUAAUGAUAUAUCAAUUUCAACAGCUACUGCCACAUUAGAGGAAAAAAGGACUGACAAUAUUGAUAUCAUAGAGACACAGCACAGUAAUGGAAACAGGACAGAAUGAUUGCUUACACAAAGUCAAAUGAUGCAGUAUUGGAUGCAGAACUCCAACCUCACUGCUCUUCCCACCAGCAACCAAUUGAAAUAAAGAUUAAGCUGUCUUCAGAAUCCGUUUCUCGAUGGGAGAAAUACAGCAUUCUGUAGAUCCUCUUUAAAUUGAUCUAAUGGAAAUUACAAGUAGUUUUCAGACUUUUUUUUCUGUUAAAGCAUACCUGAGCUAAAAAAGCCCACAAGCGUACCAGGAACAGCACCAACUUCAUGUCUUGUACUGUAGAAUAUUAAAAGCUGCAAAUUCCUGAUCUUCAAAAAGAUUGCUGACACCAUCCCACCAUCCAUGUAUACUUGGUGGCGCUUCUAGUGCUAUACCCCUUCCCAUCACACUUGCUAUCAAAGCGUCUAAGGAUAUUUACUCAUUAGAAAGAUUAGUCAGAUUCACUGGUGGGAACUGCAAAUAGCCUCUCUCAGUUCUUAGAGCAAUCAAACAGUGAAAACAUCAGCUAUAAAACAUUUUUCCAUAAAUAACUCCUCUUCUUUUUUGCCUAAUACCAACUUCUACUCAGAACAUAAUUUCAUGACAUUUUAUUAUCCAAUUCAGAAGCUCUAAGUAAAGGACAAACAGAAAAGACAGUUUAAAUUGCAGAAGCCUGCAAGGGGAUAAAUUCUAUGCGAGGCUGGUGUUAGUUUCUAAACUGAGUUUUUCAUGAUGACAGGCAUUCUGCGAGGCUGGUGUUAGUUUCUAAACUGAGUUUUUCAUGAUGACAGGCAUUCUGCUGCUAAGUUUGCUAUCAUUAAUGACUGCAUGCUGUUUCUGAAAAGAAAUACUGCUACCACAGAAGCCAAAGCUAUAGGAACAUGCUUCAAAAAACAUGUAGUUACCCAAACACACCCAAGUCCUUGAGCAGUUACAUUUAAGGUGCAAGUAUUAAGCUUCCAUGUUAAAACCUUUAAGAAACAAAGUAACAGCACUUUGCACGACAUGCUACUAAUUUUAAGAAAUGCUUUUCCCCUCUAUGUGCCAGUAAGGUCACUUUUAAGGAUUGC